CCCAAUGCUCAUCUUUUUCUUUCACUCCGAUCUUCUAGCUGUACGCAAAUACCAUUAUAAGGUGCUCAAAUAUCUCAGCAGCUUGUUGCAGCUGAAGCCAUGGCCGCCUUACUCAAACUUAGCCUCCCCAUAAUUAUUUUGCUCAUUCUUCAUGGCAUGCCGUUUCUUUCUUAUUCAGAUGGUUGCGGUGAUGAUAAAGAAGAAAAACAGCUCUUCAAAGACAUCAACAGCUACAGGGAGUCGGUACUAUAUCUCCCCGUGUUCAUUCCGAACGCCAAGGCAGCUUGCCUUGCUGACAAAAUCGCAGACCAGUUAAAAAAAGACAAACCUUGCCUUGACGCCCAUUCCUACAGAUACACUCCGGACAACAACCGUCGCCUGAACAGUACUUUCAAAGACUUCGACAAGCUCCUGAGCCGCUGUCACAUCAAUGUCAACACCACUGCAGAUGGUGCCAUUUUGCCUGUUUGUGUCGCCAAAUUAGACGAGACUACUGUGCUUAACAACUACAGAAAUUCUCAGUAUGGAAGAUAUCUUAAAGACUCCAACUUCACUCAUGCUGGGAUUGGCUCCGACGAUGACUGGAUUGUCGUGAUUUUGAGCACUAACACGUCGACGGGAAGCUUUUCCGGUGCUCCAAUAUCUUUGGCUCCAAGUUUUCUCGGCAUGGUAAUUGCUUCGUUAUUCAGCUGCUUGCUUCUCAUCAAUAUCGUGUUUGUCUGAGAGCUGAAGCUGCGUGCAUGCAUG